CAAAACCCCUGAAUGAAAAUAUGUCACAGUUCUGGAAACCGGGAACGGAGAGGCCUCGCCUCAUCGACGACGAAGAAGGCGGUGUUCUUUUCUAUUCCACAUCCGCCCUAUCUUCCUCCUCCUCUGGAUACGGCUUUGCGAGUGUAGAGAAACAGAGGCAGAGGCUACCAGUGUACAAGUACAGAACCGCUAUUCUUUAUUUAGUGGAGACUCAUGCCACCGCCAUUAUUGUUGGGGAAACUGGUAGUGGUAAGACCACUCAGAUUCCUCAGUUCUUGAAAGAAGCUGGUUGGGCAGAAGGGGGGCGCAUUAUAGCUUGUACUCAACCAAGAAGACUUGCUGUACAGUCAGUGGCAUCAAGAGUCGCUGAAGAGAUGGGUGUCAAACUUGGUGAAGAAGUUGGUUAUACAAUUCGGUUUGAGGAUGUCACAAAUACUGACUUAACAAGGAUCAAGUUUCUUACAGAUGGAGUAUUGCUGAGAGAAAUGAUGGAUGAUCCUCUCUUGAGCAAGUAUAGUGUCAUAAUGGUUGAUGAAGCUCAUGAAAGAUCUCUUUCAACUGACAUUUUAUUAGGUCUCUUAAAGAAGAUUCAACGACGCCGGCCAGAACUGCGUCUUAUCAUAUCAUCAGCAACUAUUGAAGCAAAAAAGAUAUCUUCUUUUUUCUCUCCCAGUAAAAGGCGUCAAGCGCUACAGACUGAGGACCAUGGACCAAAUGCAGAACCUGCCAUCCUGUCAGUUGAGGGAAGAGGAUUUAAUGUGGAAAUCUUCUAUGUUGAGGAUCCUGUUCCGGAUUAUCUUCAGGCGGCUGUUUCGACAGUGUUGUCAAUUCAUGAUCAGGAGGCGAUGGGUGAUAUCCUCAUGUUCCUCACGGGUCAAGAUGAUAUUGAUGCUGCGGUACAGUUGCUUUCAGAGGAAUCUCGAAAUGGUCGAAAUCAAGGAUUGAUAAUAUUGCCUCUCUAUUCAGGAUUGCCACGGGCGGACCAGGAUCUUGUGUUUUCUCCAACUCCCAGAGGAAAGAGAAAGGUGGUGAUAUCAACAAACAUUGCAGAGACAUCAUUGACUUUGGAGGGUAUUGUGUAUGUUGUUGACAGUGGAUUCUCAAAGCAACGGUUCUACAACCCGAUUACGGAUAUUGAGAGUCUCAUAGUGGCACCCAUAUCCAAGGCAUCUGCUCGACAAAGGGCUGGUAGAGCUGGAAGAGUUCGACCAGGAAAGUGCUACAGGCUCUACACAGAACAAUACUUCCUCAAAGAGAUGUCUGCUGAGGGCAUUCCAGAGAUCCAGAGAUCAAAUCUUGUGUCCUCAGUGAUUCAGUUAAAGGCUUUAGGGAUAGAUAAUAUUUUGGGUUUUGAUUGGCUGGCAUCUCCAUCAUCCGAGGCCAUGAUUAGAGCACUAGAAGUACUAUAUUCUCUUGGUGUCCUUGACAGUGAUGCCAAAUUAACCUCGCCUGAUGGAUUUCAAGUUGCAGAGAUUCCUUUGGACCCAAUGAUCUCAAAGACGAUCUUAGCUUCUAACCAGUAUGGUUGUUCUGAGGAAGUCAUUACAAUUGCUGCACUUCUGUCCAUGCAGUCAAUCUGGAUUUCUGCUAGGGGAACUGAAAAAGAACUGGAUGAAGUCAAGUUGAGAUUUGCUGCUGCUGAGGGAGAUCAUGUGACCUUCUUGAAUGUCUACAAAGGAUUUAUUCAGUCUAAUAAAUCAUCAAAGUGGUGCCACAAGAACUUCAUAAAUUACAAUGCCAUGAAAAGGGCUUUGGAAGUUAGAGAGCAACUCAGAAGAAUUGCUCAGAGGCUAGGCAUAGUUUUAAAAUCUUGUGAGGGUGACAUACAGGUUGUAAGAAAGGCAAUCACUGCUGGAUUUUUUGCCAAUGCCUGUCGCUUAGAACCAUACAGCUAUAAUGGGACGUACAAGACUGUGAGAACUUCUCAAGAAGUGUAUAUCCACCCUUCAUCUGUAUUAUUCAGAGUUAAUCCGAAGUGGGUUAUAUACAAUUCACUUGUUUCAACUGAUCGCCAAUACAUGCGGAAUGUCAUCUCCAUAGAUCCUUCUUGGCUCAGGGAGGCAGCUCCCCACUUCUAUCAGCAUCAGCAACCAAAACCCAUAGCUCAUUGACAUUAGACCAUUUUAAGAAAUCUAAUUGCAUUAUGUACCCUUUGUCAUAGUUCCGUGAUUGGGCAGGUGAAUCCUUUCCAUUUGGAUCUCUAAAAUGUCGUUCAUUUUGUCACAUUCUUUAGCAGUUUCUGUACUUCUGCAAAUGCUAAUACAUAUACAUGUUUCAGUUUCUGUACUC